AUGAAGGUUCCCGUGGCUGGGAUGGGCCGCGGCCCGUUGUGCUGCUGUUGUAUGGCGAACAACGUGCGGCACAUGGUUUUGGUGCUGACAUCGGUCUGUAUAUCGGUUCUAUUCACAAAUCUUAUUCUAUUCAAUCUAACUGCCGUACUUGACCCCGAAUUGUCAACAGAAUUGCGGCCCGUACCAUCACUGGACAGUUUACAUGAGUAUACCAUCUGGCACGGUGAGUUUCGCCUUUUUCGAAUCCGGUUUACCUUCUCUCUUCACUUUUUUCUGAAAGUUUAUGAGCCUAUACUCAUUGAAAUCGACCAUAAACUGCCUUUUUCAGAUCGACGGAAGCGAUCAAUCAAUGAAACAGAUGACCCCAAAUUGUCUUUCUCAGUGCAUGCACCCAUUUGGGUGAUUUUUGUGAAAUUUUCUCUAAAUUUUGAGUGUUGUUCAGGAUUUCUGGCGUUGUUUCCUCUUCGUCUACUGAUCGGUGUCAGCUUUGCUCCUGCGCUUCCUGUAGCCGGAGCGAUUUGUGCCAGUUGGGGAUGUCUGAACGAGCAACUGCUAUUCAUUGGGACCGUGUUUGCCUUCAUUCAUGUAAGUUCAAACGCGAGGCCUUCGAUGUUGAUUAUUUGGCCUUCCCGAAUCCAGUCUAAACUGGGAAAAUUAUUUAGAAAAAAUAAAAACAAUGUUUCCCUUCUUUUCAGAUUUGCGAUAUUCCAUCGUGAUCGACCUCAACACCAUCCUUGGGUAAACGGAUUGGAAUUGAAUCGAAUCGUUGCAGGAAAAGUACAGGAGUUAAAGAGUAAUCGGGCUCAGGAUGGUGCCUGCCCAACGCUUAUGCGUUCGUUGGCUGCAUGGUCGUUGUGGAUCGCAGCGUUCAGCUUGUUCUUCGCCAUUGCAGUGGUCGUCACGUACAUGCCGUCGACGCUCUCCUGCCAGGAGAUAUUCAUGGUCGACUAUCUUGGAGGCUAUUCGGUUCUGCCUUUCAUCUUGAUUGUAAGUUUUAGCGUGAGUACGAUCGACCUGUCCUCCUCCGCCUUUUAUGGCAUUGUACCUACCGUGUACUUCCUGAUGUUACUUCUGGCACCUCUCGGCUUGUGCGUUAGUGGUUUACUACGCAGUCUAUGCCUAGUAGGACGAGUCUACACACAACAUAUCACUGCCUUCAUAGCGGUCAGCUUUGCCGUUGCCUUCAUCACCGCACCGUUGCUUAUUUUCGCCAUUCUCCGAACAAACUCGCUUGCGGAAUGGUCGAGGGUGUUCAUGUUGUCAGCUGCGGUGAUCGCCAUCUCUUCAGUUGUGUUCGCCAUUUUUGGCCGAGGACGUGCUUCAAAUUGGGCAGCUGCAUCGUGGGAUCCGUUGAUGUCGACGAAGAUGAGGAAUCUGCAACCGAUUGAUUUCAGUCAGGAUGAAUGCGGUCUGUACGAGUUGCGUCUGAUCGAUCCGAAUAAAAAAUAG